AUGGAUGUGCGGGGCUUGCGGGACGUCUGCCGCUUACCCAAUCGGACGGAAUGCAUUGAAGCCUCUAAACUCCGACUUGGUUGGCGCAACACCUUUCCACUACGAGAUUCUGAUCCGCCAAUUGCCGUGCACAGCGAGAUUCCCUUGGUGCAGUACACAAAAUCAAUCAUUGCUCAUCUCAUUGCGCACAUCUGCCACCGAGCCUUUCGCGCCUCCCCAGAAUCCCAGAAGGAACAAGUGCUAUACGUUCUGUUGCGCUCGGAAGGCCGGGGUCUCUUGAUUGAGUACUCCCCCCCAAGGGAUGAGAAGACUACGGGCAUGGAUCCUGAAAGCCUAGCCUUUCAGCCCCGCGAAGACUUUUGGCAAUUCCAAAACGACAUGCUGAGGGUGCAGCAGACACAAGCUGAGCUCACCGACCGCGUCUCACGCCUGGAGCGCAAGCAAGAGGAUGACUCACGUCUGAAAAACGUAUGGGGCACGUCUUCGCCCUUCCCUUCCGUGCUAGGCGGCACACCCCAACAAGUUCCCUUACAGCAGCCGACCGCCGAGCAUUUCUCCAACUUCGACGAUCAUUCAAGCAACCUCAUCGGCAAUCUCCAGCUCGAUGCUGACGAAGAACCUCGUCGUGUAGGCGCCACGUCUCGGGCCAAUAGUGUUCGUUUUGAUGAGACUGCCAACCAUGGGCACUGGGCACACGCGUCAAGGUCGUCACUAGACCUCAUACCCCGCACUGGAAGCAGCCUGGGCGGCCACGCUCUGAGUGAGCGAAGCUACUCCCAUAAAUCAGACGGAAGGCAGAGCUCGGCUGGACAGUCGGUACACUCCAUGACAUCAGGACGGGCAAACAGCCUCACGAGCGUCAGCACGGCGCCGCCAGCUGACGUGCCGGGACUGGCACCUGGCUUGUUCAUCCUUGGCUCUGUACCUGCGAUAAUACGUUGCUGGCUCAACACGGAUUUCAAGCAUGCCACUCUGUUGUACGCAGCCGUCUGUUCAGGCUCCUAUGCGUCCUAUCUCGAUCUCCAUCUCAUCGAACAGCUUGGCUUCCAAGAUCGCAUCGUUGCCGAAGACGGGAUACGCAGAAUCAAACUUUCGGUCUAUCUUCCUGAAGCAGUGCCAGUGUCACAAGCCUCCCGUUCAAGUAGUCCUGCGCCGCAGCUUCCUUCGUUAGGCGUCGAGUUCACCGUCAUCGAGCAGCAUAACCCAGAUUUGAACCCCAAGGCGAUCCAAAUCUAUCUGGGAAGCGACACGCUUCGCGCACACAAUGCUGACAUCUUGUUCUCUUCCAAUCAGCUCACCAUGUUUGACGACGAUGGUGGUAAGCUUCGCAUUCCUUUGGUGAGACCUGAAGACGACCGCACUUUCAAAUCGUUAUCUACGAUAAACGCGACGUCGGAAGUCACGGGAUCGCAGACGUCGGGUCCUUCUGCCAGUAGUCCAGCUUCACGGGAAAAAGUAGCUGAGAGCUCUACCACAACCCCGCAAGCACCAGACACAUCGACUUCCAGACUUGACAAUGGUACAGUGACAAGCUCAUAUGAGGGUGGUUCCAGCGGCCGUGCGAGUCUUGAGCAGCGAUCUCGUCUUAGUCUAUCGACAAGCCGUACAGGUAGCAAAGAUGUACAAGACCAGACCUCUGCCAGCGGGGUCCCACGCUCGGGGGCACCUCUUGCUAUAUGGAGCAAUUGGCGACGUGAGCAGCAGGAGAAAUCCACCGCUGGCUCCGUGGAUUGGGCCAACUUGGGUAAAACCUCGGCUUCCAGUCCUGCCUAUCAACGCCGCGAUACGGGCAUCAAGGUGCUGAAGCCUUCGAAACCGACACGCACCAUGUCUACCUCGACCGCAUCACCCGUCACCGGGCAGUCUCGCUUCUUCGAUGAUGGGAAAAGGAAGGACGAGGGCGAGACAAGUACAAGUGCAGCACGUCCUUUGGCCAAACGAGCUGUCUCUGGAGACAUGGGCCAGGAGAGUGUGUCAAGUCUGGUGAAGCCUCGUCCAGCCAACCCAGUUGGUGGCGCUUCUGCUUUUGCGUGGCUGAAUAGCAGCGAACCCAAGGUGUACUUGGCCUGGAUGUCUAGUGACGACGGAGCAAGUCACCGCCUUGCACUCUUUUCUCUCUUCUCUUUUUCUCCCCUGCCUUCCUGGCAAUUGCCCCACGUUCUCACCGCUCAUUCUGUCGCCUCUUCCCGUGAUCACGGCGAAGAAGCUCGAUAUCGCUGCGGUCCACGACGCGUUGUCUUGCCGCUGUUGCCCUUUCGUUCGCCGCCGGCCCUGUCUGCCUUGAAGCUCCCAGGGCUUCACGGCGGGCCCCCCAGUUUCACCACGGCCUCCAAUCAGAGCAAGAAGCGGAAGAUUGUGACGCCAGCCCCGGAUCCUUCACGAGACGGGAGACAUUCACCGAAUGUGGGCACAGGGGUAGGUUCGCCUCGCUCCUCCCCAUACCCCUCCGCAUCGCCGCCGCGUUAUUUACCACCCCACCUGCACGACGAAGUGCUGCCGCUCGACACCGCCCACGACCCUGCAAGUUUGUCUGCGCGAGACAACUCGCCCGGAGCCAGCUCACCAAGCGAGGCCUACGCCAACCUGACGCUCGACAGCCGCGAAGGCUCCAUGCCCGCCUCUGAGCGCGCACGCAACUCUGCACAGCCGGAUCAACGACACCCACCGCGCUCCUCGUCGCCUGCAAAGCGCCUGCACUCAGACAUGGACGACGACACAUCCACAGCUGACGCUCCCGCCGCCAGUAGCCGCCGCAACAACAGCGGCGCAUCCAGUCCGCGGAUAAGCAAAGAACACGCAGGAGCCAUGCCCGCGCCGCAACGGAGUGCGCGAGCGACCUCUGUGGACAUGGCGGAUGCGCCGCGCAACAGUGGCGGUUCCGAGACGGAGGUUUCCAGCGCUGCUUAUUCUGCCACCAGUGUCGACCCUGUCAAUCUCCCCAGUGUGGAUGAGCAGGUGGCUCGGGUCAUGGCAAUCAUGGGCAGUGGUCCCAGGGACGGACAAGAGGGCUACGUAGUGCCAGAGAAAUGGCUGGCCCGUGUGUGGUCGAGGACGUCAGAGCAUACCCACAACCCUGAGGGUUUUGAAAAAGAUGCCAUGGUGGGCCCGAUUGGACCUGUAGACAACUCGGCUCUCGUGGACCGGAGCACGAUGCAGCAAGGCCUCGUUGAUGUGGACGGGAACGACUUUGUACCACUCAGCAGUGCAGUCACCAUAGGCCAGGAUUUCGAGAUACUGCCUGCAAAAGCCUGGGAGCUCGUCGUUGGUUGGCACGGGCUCAAGCAAGGGUCACCUGUGAUUCGUCGACACGCACACAACACUGUGCCGGACGGCGACACCGAGCACAUUCUCUGGGAGCUCUAUCCUCCGAUUCUUACCAUUCGCAAGAUACGCAAAACUCCACCAACAGCUGCAGAGACGGCAAGGCCCGCAGAGAAACUAGUGGCCAGUAGAUACGGAAGCUUUGCAAACUUUGUCGAAGCUGCGAAGAAGGCUGUUGGGAUCGAUUUGAACAAUAAAGUUCGCAUCUGGAGACUUCUGCAGACAGCCCCCACAGACGACUCGCAACCUCCACAGCCGUCCGGUAUUCUGACACCAGAUGCAUCCCCACGCGGCGGCUCACCUGUCACAUCCACAUCUCCCCCUCCUCUGAUCAUGGACGUAGCCAGCUUCAAUGGCCUCAAGUCUGGGACAGACCGUGAGCUAGUCACUGGCAAAGAUGAAGAAGCCAACGAGAAAUACAACAAGUCUCUUACUCUAGAGGAUGCUGGAAUUACUCAAGACCAGAUCAUUGUCCUCGAGGAGCAUGAUGAGAGAGGCGAAUACAUCUCUGACACGAACACGAUGGCUACCAUAAGCAAGACCAGUAGCCAGAUCACUAAAGGCUUGCCAAGUAAUCCUAAUAGUGGGAGGAACACACCGACAUCAGGUGCGCUGACCCGCGGCCGGACUCGAUCUGGAAAGGUGCGUGGCCAUGUUGGACUGACCAAUCUCGGCAACACCUGCUACAUGAACUCUGCUCUUCAGUGUUUGCGUAGCGUGGAAGAGCUUAGCAUGUACUUCCUGAACAACAAGUGGAAGGAGGAGAUCAACGUCGACAACCCAAUCGGUCACAAAGGGGCGAUAGCUAAGGUCUACGCGAAUUUGUUGAGCCAAAUAUAUGAUACCGGAAACACAUCGUCUUUUGCCCCAAAGAACUUCAAGCAGACGCUAGGCAGAGCGAAUGGUCUCUUUUCAGGUUACGGUCAACAAGAUUCCCAAGAAUUCGUUAGCUGGCUUGUUGAUGCGCUGCACGAGGAUCUCAACAGGGUGCGUGUCAAACCCUACCGAGAAAAUCCUGAUUCGGACGACAACACAUUCAAAGAUCCAAACGCAGUCAGGCAGCUUGGAGAGACUUAUCGAGAGAAUCACCGUGCUCGCAACGACUCUGUAGCAAUGGAUCUCUUCAGUGGUUUUUACAAGAACACGAUGGUGUGUCCAGAGUGUGAUAAAGUCAGCAUUACAUUCGACCCUUAUAGCCAGCUCACGCUUCAACUGCCAAUCGAACAGACUUGGACCCACACAAUCACCUACGUGCCACUUCUAGGCAGACCCUAUCAGCUGGAGGUUGAUAUCGAUAAGAACGCAACAAUCAAAACCCUGAAAGAAUACGUUGGGAAGCGUGGUGGUGGUGUACCAGCAAAGCGGAUCAUGGCUUCGGAAGUAUACAGCCACAAGUUCUAUCGACAUCUGGACGACGCUUCAACUAUCGCAGAAACAAAUAUUGGAGCGAGAGACGACAUAUAUUUCUACGAGUUGGACCAUGCGCCCAGCAAUUGGCCCGCCCCUAAGAAGAAGGGCUCAAAGUACAAGGUGCUGCUGCAUGGUUCCUCUGAUGAAGACAUACCUGACUCAGCAUCGCCCCUACAUGAUAGGGUUGUGAUUCCAGUCUUCCACCGUGGUCCGAGUGCCUCAUCCUACCGAUCGCAGAACUAUGCUAUGGCCUUGUGGCCGUUCCAUAUCGUACUCACGCGUGAGGAGGCUAGAGACUAUGACACAAUACUACGCAAGGUUCUUGCAAAGGUGGCCCAAGCAACUACUAGGCCUAUACUGAGCGAGCUCAAUUCUCAGCCCUCGCAGACACAAUCGCGAUCUGGUUCAGAUGUUGUUCUCACGACUGAGGAAGAUGCUUCGCCCAAUGAUCCUCAAGUCAAGGAUGGAUCGAUUGAGGGUGAAGACAUGGUGGAAGUAACCAUGGCCGAACCUGCGGAAGCCCCUCUGUAUCAAUCUCCGUCUCAAGCUAGUAACCAGCAAGAAGUGCCGGAAGUACUGAGGCCAGGCAGCUUUAUACCACCCGAGUUUAGGCAACUUUUCGAUCUGAAGCACACUAAAAAAAGUGGCGAGUUUGUCACUACAGGAUGGAGUACUGUCGACCAUUCGCGGGCACUUGAUUCCAUCACAAAACGCAUUCGUCUCCCACCAUCACGAGAAGAAUCUACGCAGUCGUCAACUGCAGGCGAGAGCACUUCUAGUGACGAAGACGAAGAACCAGCCAAUCUUGACGCAAAUGCCGCCAUUGAUGCUGCCAACGUUAGCAGUGACGAAGACAUGGUCUCCGUUGAACAAGAUACAGCUGCCCCCCGAUCUGGCAGAGGCAAGAAGAGCAAGAAGGCGAGAAAACAACAGCGGAAGCACGAAAGAAAACAUAGGAACAACAAGAACUUCAAGCCCAAGAAGGGACGCAUUCCUGAUCAGCCAAACUACUCUGACGACCCCGAUGAUGAGAGCGACGAUAGGUUGAUUCGUAUGGGCGAGGCACUUGUUGUUGAAUGGAACCCCGAAGCCUACGACGCCCUCUUUGGAGGUAGCACCAAAGAUGAUCCUCGCGGGCAGGACGCCAUGAAGUUCAUCGAGACACUCGAUGAUCCUGAGAUUCAAGAAAAGAAGGCCAAACGCCUGGCUCGCCGGAAACACGGCAUCACUUUAGAGGAGUGUUUCACAGAGACAUCUAAGAGUGAAGUACUCUCAGAGGAUAAUGCGUGGUACUGUAGCCGAUGUAAAGAGCUCAGGCGUGCUACAAAGACGCUGGAAAUCUGGACUGUGCCUGAUAUCCUCAUCAUCCACCUGAAGCGUUUCAGUGGCCAUCGCUCUUUCCGGGACAAGAUUGAGGAAUUGAUUGACUUCCCUGUUGAAGGCUUGGACCUCACCGGUAAAGUUGGUUUCCCAGAGUCAAAGGACCUGACGUACGAUCUGUUCGCUGUCGAUAACCAUUACGGCGGGCUUGGCGGAGGACAUUAUACAGCCACUGCUCAAAACUUCUUCGACAAGCAGUGGUAUGACUACAAUGAUUCUAUCGUCUCUAAAUGCGAAUCCGGCCAGAAAGCUGUCUCCCGCGCGGCUUACCUCCUCUUCUACAGACGCCGCUCCCCUACCCCUUUAGGCCCGCCUUCCCUACAACAAAUCGUCACAGCCGCUGCGAGCCAAAACUCUGAAGAUGACGCCGACGAAGCCUACUUGGACGCCCCGCGGCCCGGCUCACCGGCGGGAAACGGCUCGCGCCUCGGCGAUUUGUCCCGCAAUGGGUCGUCGAGCGCUGGCGCGAUCGCAGCGGGAGUAGGAGCCCUGCGCGGGGCUGGCUCAGCGCUCUCAGUAGCCGGGAGCCGUCUAAAGAACGGAGUCGCAGCCGCGGAGAGCAACCUGAGUGACGACGAGAUUGAUGUUGAUGUGGAUGCAGAUGCGGAUAUGGAGACUCUGCCAUCCUAUAGCCAUGAUGAAGGGUACGAGGAUAACGAGGAUGCAAGUGGAGAAUAUAGCGGGUAUCCACAUGCAAACGCUUACGACAACCCCAUAUGGAGUUUCAACAAUCUCAAUGACCGCGACGAUGGCUCCGAUGUUGCCUCUGAUGUCCCCGCGCUCGGCUCCAUGGGCGGCGAGGACUUGAAUUCGCGCAUGUUAGAGGAUUUUGGAGAAGAAUUGGGGACUCGGGCUGGGGUGGGCACACCGAUUGGUGGAAUUGCACCACCCUUGGGCCCUGAGAGUGAUGAUGACGAGGUUGCGGAGAUUCGGCUGAGAGAUGAUUAA